GAUAUAGUGAAUGCAGGGUCCGGGGAGACCAGAUAUAGUGAAUGCAGGGGUCCGGGGAGACCAGAUAUAGUGAAUGCAGGGUCCGGGGAGACCAGAUAUAGUGAAUGCAGGGCCCUGGGAGACCAGAUAGAGUGAAUGCAGGGUCCUGGGAGACCGGAUAUAGUGAAUGCAGGGUCCGGGGAGACCAGAUAUAGGGAAUGCAGGGUCCGGGGAGACCAGAUAUAGUGAAUGUAGGGUCCGGGGAAACCAGAUAUAGUGAAUGCAGGGUCCGGGGAGACCAGAUAUAGUGAAUGCAGGGUCC